CAACAAUUUAAUUUUGAUUUGUAUCACUUAAACCUAUCAUGACUGUUACCUACUUCUGUUCUUUUCUUUUAAGAUAAUAGGAGCUUUUAUAUGAAUUUGAGAAAGAACUUAACGAAUACGCUUACGGACGGAAAUACUAUAAAGUACGUUUUAAUUAAAUUGUUGCGAAAAUAUGCAUUAAGAAUUCGUUUAACUUGUAACUAAAAUGUGUAAAUGUCCAUCAAAAACAGUUUUUAUAUUUUGGUUCUUUGAUUAUUGGCAUCUUAUUUCAACUUUUUGAGAUUUUAAUUACGUAUUGAGAUCAUAACAAUAAUUCAAUCACAUAAAUUGAAAUUCGGCUAGUGUCGCACAAAUAUUAAGUCUGUGACUAACCUAUAUACUACAAAAUUAUUCGUAGUGAUGACUUUGAUGACUAAAGUCUGAAGUCACUGAACUGAACUACUACGGUCAAAUAUGUAGCGUUCCAGGGCAGUUGUUAUGUCAUAACUAUGAAGCAUAAUCAUAAGUAUUCAACUUAAAAUAAAACAAGAAUUACUGAUGCGUAUAGACUUACUAAAGGAUUAAAAAGUUAUAUAAAAUGUAGUAUUGAAUACUUUGAAAAUAUUGUAGCUAAAUUAGUUAACUAAUUUUAUUACUAAAAACCUGAAAAUAUCAAAUACAGUAGUAGUUCUGAAAGCACUCGAUGUAGGUCAAUGGACCACAGCUGACGAUUCGGCGGACUUUUUUUGACAUGGCUUUUGGCUUCAUUUUAUUAUUUUGACAUUUCGUGAUUUCGAUGUCAAGCGCUACGUAUUUCUUUGGAAAAAGUAAUUUUUCCAUCCUUUUUAAUUCUUUGUGCAGUUUUUUCAAUUGCAUAGAAUCUUAGGGACGUGGGUGAAAACCAUCGCAGUGUAAAAAUCAACUGCAGACACGAGAAAUUCCGCGAGAACCAUGUGACACGAAUACGAAAAAGGGCUUCCAGACCGUCAAUGUGACAGAAAUGUUUUCUGCCAUCGCGACGAGCCAGCGCCAGCGCGGAGCCGACACGAGCACGACGCGAGAUAAACGAACGGCGAUAUAGGGCAAGCGCGUCAAAAAUGAGCGCGAGAUGGCCAGCCCGCCACCGAACCCUAAGGAAGGCGAGGAGGGCGGCUCCGAGUUCAAAGAGGAGCCGAGCGGGGAACGCCCGGCCGCCCCGCAGAAGAAGUUCAUAGCGCCGCCCGCGUCGCAGCUGCCCACGAAGCUGCAGUACGUGACGCUCGGCGCGUCAGGCCCCAGCGGCAUCAAGCAGUUGUUUCGUACGGUGAAGGUGGCGCGGCGGGUCCCCACGCUGCCGCGAAGGCCGCGCGAGGGCGAGGGCGGCGCGCCGGGCGCCUCCGCGCCGCCCGAGCCGCGAGCACCGCGUGCGCGCAAGGAUCAUGCCAAGCGCCAUGUCUGCGACACUUGCGACAAGCGCUUCUCCAGCCCCGGCAAGCUCACCCAGCAUGUACUCUCACACACUGGGGAGCUGCCUUUCUCUUGCGACCUGUGUGACAAGCGUUUCAACUCCAAGUUCAAGCUUGUCCGACACAAUUUAAUACAUAGUGAGGCACGAGCCUUUGCAUGUAAUGUUUGCGGUAAGACUUUUAAUCGUAAAGAUCAUCUCACCAACCAUGUUAGAGUGCAUAAUCCAGUAAAAAACCUUUAUACAUGUGAUCGGCCUGAUUGUAGGAAAUCUUAUACAUCCCUCAUGAGUUACAGAAAACAUGCCGCCAUACAUUCUGCAGAAGAGGGAAACCUUCAGUGUACAAUAUGUGAUAAAAGUUUUACAACUAAGCAAGAUAUUAUUUAUCACCUUAAAGUUCACACUGGCAGUCGCAGUGUUAAAAAUGAUUCUGAUAAGAAAUUUACAUGCAAUUACUGUGAUCGAAAAUUCUUUACGGCAAAAGAUGUGCGUCGACAUCUUGUUGUUCAUACAGGUAGACGUGAUUUCCUAUGUCCAUAUUGUCCCCAAAAGUUUGGGCGAAAAGACCAUCUAGUGCGGCAUGUAAAGAAUGCCCAUCCUGAUGAAUCUUGGACAUCUGCUGCAGUGGGUACUUCCAGUGAGCCACCACCUGAGGCAUCUGCAUUUGAAGAAACAUAUACUGAAUACCCAAUCGACAGUACAGAUUUUUCUUUGUGGGAACCAUCUUCGUCUAAAGAAAGUACUUCAGAAGCAGGUCCAACGAGAGUACCUUCUACUGAUAUCAUAGUUGAAAUUUCGCCUACUCUUGAUAUAAAGGUGGAGCCAGUAGAAGAAAAGCUGGAGGAUCCCAUAGAAAUUAAAAUUGAGGAGCCACAAUCACCAGGGUGUACAUUAUUACCUGUAGAGUUCCCGAUGAUGUUUAUGGUGGCCCCACCAUACUCCCAGACGCCGUCCGACUUGCCUUUUAUGACGACGCAAGAGUUGCCUGAUCCAAUAGAGGCACACUUGCUCCACUCGGGUAGCGUGGAGUCUUUGCUAAUGGAUCCUGGCGAGGGCCCUUCGGGAUUAUCGAGCCAGAUGCUGGAGCUGCUAGAGGAAAGUGAGCCCACUUACGCAGGUGAGGAAGGCCGGGUCCAACAACGACUGCCAGCGUUCACGCAGGCUUUUCAGACGGCGCAAAGCACUAAGCCCCCGCCGCCGCCGCCCCCGCCACACUAACCUAGCCUCACCUCUUACCUCGAAACCAUUCAUACUUUAAUUUACUGCAAGAGGUUUUAAAAUGUUAAAUUAUACUAUGGAUAGUUUCAGUUGGUUCGGAAGGUGGGAUUCCUGCAUUUAGCUUAUGUGAAUACCAAACUACCUCACUAGGUAAGGUUGAUCUAAGCUGUAAAUAGUCUUGAGUGCAGUUAGUAAUUGAAUAUGUAAUAGGUAUUGUUGGACUUGUUAUAUUUUCACUAUGUACGCAUACAAGUGUGCAUGCAUGUAGCGGAAGCUAGGGGGCUCGCGCCCUCCAGUUUAUAUUGCCAAAUUGUAUAUUUGUACGUCUCAGGUAUACCAAAAUUACUUCCGAAUUCUACAUGAAUAUGUGAUCUAGUCGUGUAUGUACUUUCGGAAUAAUAUAUUGUUUAUUUAUAGCGUACAUGUAAUACGUUUAUGGAGUAUAAUUGGGACCAAGUCUGUGAGCUAUUAGAUGGGAUUCAGUUAGUGCUUAGUUGAGCCGGCCGCUCGGCCGGGAUGUGGAAGUAAGCAGAAUAUAAGCAGGGUGUAUGACUCUUGAAAGCAGUAGGCUAUUAUAAUAUGUUUUAGAGAGGCUUACUGCUUUUGACGCGAUAUUGUAAUACAACAGAGAGCAUAUUCCUUUCGAAUCAAUAAAGUGAAUGUAAUAUUCUGCCGGAGUAGAUUAACAUCAGAUCUGUCUAUAACUAGAUUGAAAUAUCAUCCUUAAGUGUAAGUGCUAAGUGUUUGUAACAAAGUAAAACAAGUGAUGGCUUCAUAUAUGAUAGUAGGGUUCCAUUUCGUUCUACUGUACAGAACGAUGUUGAAGUCCUUUCAACUCAGCAGACUUGAGCUAGAAACAAAAUGCAAUAAAAAUGAUCAAUAUACCUCAGAGGCACUCGUGCUUCCAUAUAGAAUAAUAUAUAAACGAAACUAAUUGGGUGUGUGUCUGAUGAGCAAAGUAGACUUCGUGUUCGUAGGUAAUUUACAGCGUUAUCAUUUUUAUUAUAACAAAAAUGUGCCAAAAGUGAUAGGAUUGUGGAUAAUUAAAGUCGACGAACGUUUCAAAGAUCGUGUUCAAAAUCCGUUUUUCAUUUGCUCGUUGGACUCGCGUGUGCUGGAGCUAAAAAUCAUACUUUAGAUCUUCCGUUCGAUCUGCCGUUAACGAUUUUAGGUAAGUCGAAAUUUCAUUGUUUUGACCUUAAUCAAUUUUUAAUUUUUAUCACAAAAAUUUUUUUUCGGAACUUGUUACUACAGAAGCAUUUUCUUGGCAUACGUUUUAGAAUAAUGAGCCAAAUUAUGUUAUUCGUUUAGUGAUGUGUUGAAGUGUUAGUGUCUGAUGUUGAGAAUAAAAACGAACAAUGUCCAGUACGAAAUGGUAGGAUGUAACUGCUGCUAUUAGGUGCCUUGCAUUCAAACCAACAGUCAUGUGCGCACGCUGGGUUCAACUCUCGAUGGCAUCCCUGUUAACUCACUUCACCGUACAUGCACGUUCUUGUAUUAUUAAUUACUUUUCAAGACAUAUAUUUUUUUUAAUGUAAUUAUCAGUUUCAAAAGCUUAGGGCUCCUGCACACGGGCCACCGGCCACAACCACAAAACGCCGCUACUGGCAUAUUUCCUAUAUUCAGUUUGUAUAGAAGAGCGAGCAGUGUCUUGUAGCGUGUGGCGACCACUAGCUUCAACCUUAUGCGACGAGUCCCUAUAAACUACAGUAAAUAUGCCUGUAGCGGCGUUUUGUAGUUGUGGCCGGUGGCCCGUGUGCGACGACCCUUACAAUCUCCUGUUCCGAUAUUCUUAUAUCUGAUUUACGUAAUUUUAACUUCUUUUGUUUAUAAUUCAAAUUCCUACCUCUAACUUAACCCGUCUUAACUUCUAUUAUUUUUUCUUUUAACGGAAAUUUCUCCUCAUAUUUCUUCUUGAUGCUUAUUGCAUUCAACUAAUUUUAUUUCAUUGACGAAGUGUUGACUUCCACACUUUUUAUCUGCCUUCGGUACACCGAUUAUCUUGUAAUACUCUUACUAAUUUGAUUUGAUUCAAUAUACUAAUGAUUUUUUAACGUAUACUGUCAUUGUUUCAACGAGAGAUGACCAGUGCUGUAAAGGCUUAGGAUAAAGGUUCCUAUGUUGCAACUUGACGCGUUAGUUUUGAUCCUCAUUUCCAAACGACAGCCCCCAGGAGUAUUUCAUACGAAUGUCUCAUUCACUGACACAGUAACAUAUGUAAAUGUUAAGUAUAAUAUUUUUUCGGUAAUAUAAAGGUUUAAUAAUAAUGGUCAAUGUCUGGCGUCUAGUAAUGCAAGGAGAGCAUAAUUAUGGUGAGAUCAUGGUACACGCUUGUUAAGUAGAAUAUUAUGUGAAUAAUUCUAAUCUUUUAGGUUAAUAGGACUGUAAAAAAUUUAAUCUACCUCAAACGCAACUUAUUCUUACUUCUAGAAAUUUAAUUGUACUAUGUUAGGUUAGUGAAAAGUUAGUUUUUUUUCUAUUUGAGAAAUACACGACCGAGAGGGUCGGUCGAAUCAGUUAACACCAUGUUGUCUUAAUUUAAUGUAAGUGUGUGCUGCAUAUCGAAAUCUUUAUUGAUAUACAAGUUAAUAUGUAUGAUUAUUAUUAAUUUUGCUUUUUUUAUUUUAUUGUGCUCUAUAAGAGUGGCCUUUGAGUUCAAUGUUGGAUAGUUUUCGGAUCGAGUUAAUACAUUUAUAGUUUACAAUCUAAAGAUCUGGAGUUUUAAAGAUAAUACAAGAAAAAAUAAAAAUAAAAAAAAGUUUAUAUAAUAAUGUUAGGACCUUUCCUAUCGCACAUUUGGUAUAAGUAAAAAUAAGAAACGUUAUAUAUUUUGUAUAUCGAUGAUUAUACAUAUUUCUUUUAUGCAGAUAUCAGAAAAGAUUUCAGCAAAAAUGUUUUUUAUAAAUAUGAUUUAUAUGAAACUGUUAAUGUUUAAGUUUUAUUUGACUGUUGUAUGUAUUGGAAAUAUUUUUGCUAAAUCCUUCCCAAGGUUGUAGACUGAGAUUCAAUCGGGUUGCUGCCUCGCAUAUGACUUGAUUGUCAAGCCUCCGCUAGAGUUAAAUGCAGUUUUUUGUAAUUUUUUGACUUCUGUAAAAGCAUAAUAAUUAUCUUUUUAUAACUUUACAAAUCUUCAGGUUAAAUUACCAUAAGAAUGAGAGAUGGUGCAUAUAUAUCUCGUGAACAAUAUUUUUAUAAGUUUUAUACAAUUUAAAACCAAGUUUCAUAUUGCGUAUAGCCCCAGGCUAUGAACUGCAACACACCGAUUUUCCACGAUCAGUCUAUGCCCUUUGCCACUAGUCAUAUACAAUAGCAGUACAUAAUAUUCUCAAAUAGGCAGUUAUACUGAGUGAUAUUUACCUAUCUGACGAUUUACAAUAGUUUUACAGCAAUUGGUGCAAACCACUAAGUACAAAAUACAUAGAAUGUUAAGAAUGUUCAGUUUCAUCUAAUUGUGUAAAGCGACAUCUCUUGAGGAAAUCAAAAACUAAAUUCAUAAGUACCUUUGUUUUAUAAAGAUACUUCAAUCAAACAAUUAGAUGAAAUUGACGUUUACCCUCUUUCCUCAAACUUUUAUUAAUGAUAUAUGUGUAUCAUUUAAUUAUACAACGACACAAUGCAAUAUAUUUUUAUAAUGAUUUUUUUAGAUUUUAAAAUAAUUAUAAAAUAGUUAACAUAUCAAAGACUACCAUGUACGGCCGUUUUUGUUGUCAUGUAACUUGAAUAUUUAAUAUUAAAGUUCACCUGUAUUUAUUUAUUUAACAUUUUAUAGUUAACAGAUGUCGAUUGACGAUAAAAUAUAUCUGUUUUGGCGACACUAUGAGUGUUUACCUUAUAUUUUUAUUGGGGAAUAUCUAUGCAUAAUUGUUAACUUUUUUUCAAGUACCCCCAGUUUUUUAUAGUUCUUAUUUUAAUGAGUGUAACUCAUUAUAUUUAUAUUUUUGUAAAAACGAAAUUAUGUUGUGUAAUACCAAAUACAUAAUUAUUAUCAUACUUUUUAUUUUGUGCUUACAUUUGAAAAGUUCCGAAUAUUUUUUUUAAAUUGUCUUUUUAAGUUGGUUACUGCAACGAAGCCGCGGUGAGUUUGUAAUUAUUGUACAGAAUCAUGUUGAAUAUAGUUUAUGAUGCCUUUAUUGAAAUUGCAUUUUUGAAACGUAUUCUUUGACAAGGAUUAUCUUUGAAAAUAAUUGUAAAUGUUUCAAAUCUUAUAUGUAAACGUUUAAAACUUAUAAAUUACUUGGUAGAAUUUCUUAAGUAAGAAAUAACAGCAAAAAGAAUGUCAAUGCGAUAUACGUAAUUUUGGUACAUAAAUAAUAGGGGCCUUGUAAUAAAUAUUAAAAGGAAAGAUUUAUUGAUAAAAACGAAAAAAAUAUUUUUAGAAAUCGUAUGAUAUUUUAUUAGAAAUGAUCUAUUUUUGUUACGCUUUUAUGGAGUAAUAGGUUUUGAAUGUUUAAAAAUAACAUUUCAGAUUUGUAAUUAUGUUGAAAAUUUAGAUUAACGCACAUGAAAUCAUUUGCUACAAACUCAUACAAUUUUACAAUAAACUUGAAAAACCUAAGUAUUUUUGACUUCUUGAAACUGGGAUAAUGACAAUAUUAAUAAUGCUAAAAUUAUAAUACUUUAAAACGAUACACAUUUUUCACACCUGAAAACUUUGAAGCGCGUAAAUUGCGAAUCUAAAAUUUCAACAGUAAAAUUACAUAUUGGCAGUAGUUUGAUUAGAAUUUACAAAUUAACCAAUUGUUGUCACCGGAAAGUCUUUAUAAUAAUAAAUUAUAAACAUUGUACCUGGUUUAUAAUAACACGAUGUAAUGGUCUUCAUUGUAAUAAAUAUUUGGAACAUC